AUGGGUAAAACUCCUCUACUCCUCAACUAGCGCCUCUGUCGUCACCAAUAGAUCAAACUCAGAAUAUUUCAAUUUAUACCGAGGUACCCGCCAAGGCUGCCCGUUAAGUCCCUUAUUAUUUGCCUUAGCUAUCGAACCAUUAUCCAUUGCUCUUAAAGCAUCCCCUAACAUUAAAGGAAUUCACAGAUGGAGCACUGAGCACAGUCUCGCUAUAUGCUGAUGAUUUAUUAGUUUAUAUUUCGGACCCGGUAGAAUCUGUCCCCGCACUAAUUGAAAUCCUGAAGCAAUUUGGGACAUUCUCAGGAUAUAAAUUAAAUUUCUCCAAAAGUGAAUGCUUCCCUUUAAACAAUUUGGCAAUAAAGACUCCAGGAAUGCAACUGCCUUUCCACAAGUGUGAGUCUGAAUUCAAAUAUCUUGGCAUCUAUAUCACCCGUAAAUUUGAGAGUUUAUAUAAUAGGAAUUUUUCUCCACUAAUCACCAAAAUGAAGACAGACUUUGACAGAUGGAAAAACAUCUAUACUUCAUUAACAGGCAGAGUUAAUUCUGUCAAGAUGAUUGUUCUACCACGCUUCUUAUAUCUGUUUCAAUGUCUGCCAGUGUUCCUGCCGAAACUCUUUUUUUACUACCUUAGAUAAGCAUAUUACAGGCUUCCUAUGGGAUAAUAAACAACCGCGGAUAAGUAAAGUGAUGCUACAAAGACAUCGAUCUCAAGGUGGACUUUCUCUUCCCAAUGUCAGAUAUUACUACUGGGUAGCAAAUGUACAGAAAAUAAUAUACUGGAUCAAACUCCCUCAAGUAAGCUGGUGUCUAAAUGAAGCUAAAUCUUGCCCAUCAUCUUCUCUUCUAGCAUUGGUAACCUCUAGACUACCAUUCUCCCCAAGAAAAUAUUCAUCCAACCCGAUAGUAAUUGCAACAUUAAAAAUUCUGGCGCAGUUUCGCGCACAAUUUGGCUUCAAAGAUCUAUCUACUGUAACUCCUAUUCAUGAUCACCUCUUCCCUCCAGCCAGACUGGAAUAUGCAUUCUCGCUAUGGCUUAACAAUGGCAUUUUCAACAUGGGUCAGUUAUACAUUGGUGGGGUGUUCGGAAGCUCUGAGGAUAUAUUUAAGAAAUAUAAUAUCCCUCACUCCCAUCUGUUUCGCUACUUCAAGUGUGAAAUUUUGCUAAAUCUAACAACCCCAAUUUUCCGAGUCCACCACUAGACUCUGUGUAUGAGGAAAUUCUGAACACACCACCAGAGGAAAAAGGAUUUAUAUCCCGAAUAAACCAUCAAACCAUUAACUCAAUUACUGUGACUAACAUUGUCAAAAUCAAAGUAGACUGGGAAAAAGAACUUGCCAUGAAAAUACCAGACUCAUUUUGGAACCAGGCCCUAAUUGGAGUCAAUAACAGCUCUUCGUGUGCACGGUUAAAUGUACUACAAUUCAAGGUACUGCAUCGCCUGCAGUACUCGAACUUUAAACUUUCAAAAAUGUACUCCAAUGUAAAGGAUAACUGCAAUAGAUGUCACAACUCGCCAGCAGAUCUUACUCGCAUGUUUUGGUUCUGCCCCCAACUGCACAGACCGUGUGUCUCUGUGGAGCAGGAUGAGCAGCAGUGGGGAACAGAUGGCAGCAGUAGGACAGGUUCUGACGGACCCAGGACUAGACCUGACCCGGCGGUUCAGAGCCUUAUUCACCUUGAAGAACCUGGGAGGUGCUGAAGCUAUAGAAUGGAUCAGUAAAGCCUUCACGGACGAGUCUGCCCUGCUGAAGCAUGAGCUGGCUUACUGCCUCGGACAGAUGCAGGACAGACGGGCCAUACCCACUUUAACAGCUGUUCUCAAAGAUACACAGCAAGAGCCCAUGGUCAGGCAUGAAGCAGGGGAGGCUCUGGGAGCGAUUGGUGAUCCUGUGGUUCUGGACCUACUGAAAGAGUACAGUCAGGAUCCUGUCAUAGAGGUUGCAGAGACGUGUCAGCUGGCUGUCCGUCGGUUUGACUGGCUGCAGAUUAGAGGAGAGAAGCAGUUGGACGACGGAAGUACAGAUGAGAACCCCUACCACUCUGUAGACCCCGCCCCUCCAGCUGUGAGGAAGAGCGUGUCGGAGCUUCGCUCAGUCCUUCUGGAUGAGAGUCUGCCGCUCUUUGAACGUUACCGUGCAAUGUUUGCCCUGCGUAACCUGGGCAGCGAGAAGGCUGUGCUGGUACUGGGAGACGGCCUGCAGUGCUCCAGUGCUCUGUUCCGCCAUGAGAUCGGCUAUGUCCUGGGUCAGAUGCAGCAUCCGGCAUCGGUCCCAGCCCUGUGUGCAGCUCUGGAGUGUUCUAGUGAGAACCCUAUGGUCCGACACGAGGCGGCAGAGGCUCUUGGGUCCAUCGGCAAAGAGAAGUGUCUGGCUGUGCUGCAACAACAUCUUGGAGACGGAGAACGUAUCGUCAAGGAGAGCUGCGAGGUCGCGCUAGAUAUGCUGGAGUACGAAAACAGUGAGCAGUUCCAGUAUGCAGAUGGAUUGGUCAGCUUAGAGAGUUAAAGGUCUAUGUUACACCUGAGGGGUGCUUUCACUCCAAUCGCUUUUUUAACCCAUUCAGUUGUCUCUGUACUAUUGUAUUUCCUUAUACAGCAAAUAAGACUGCUGUAAAACUAUUGUGUCCUGUGGGAUGAAUGGUCACAGUAUGAGAGAUACUCUGCACAUAAAAUCAAAAAUAUAACUGUAAAAGCCCAUCAAAUCCAUACCAGUUGGUGGGUUUCAGUGGGUGUUGCUGUGUAGGGGGGCAGGCAGGUCCUUUAUGUCUUCACUGCUACCAUUUGAAAUGUUGUGGAAACUACAGCACCUCAUACAGCAGCUUAGGGAUGAAGGUGGAAGACCUGACGGAUUGAAGUCUUGUUUUUGUUCUUUCUUGUCUUUCUUUUUGUUUUUGUCAGGGAGCUGCAUGUGAACAUCCAGUCCAACAGACUGGACAUGAGACAGAGCGAGAUGGACUUGUUCUAAAUGCAUACAUUGGUUGUGAUCCAGGCUGCAUUACAGUUAAUCAGGCUUCAUGUCAGCUCCAUAGAACAAGAAUGAGAGUAGUAUGGACAUUGUCAUUCAAAUCAACAGCAGGAUGGUCACAGCGGCGGCCAUUUUAAUGUGUACCUUUACCAUUGCGAGGUACUGUCACCGUUGUAGCGGGCUAACUCUAUGUUCAAAGUACAGGGCUUUUCUGUAGAGCUUGUCAAACGACCACAGCAAACACUUGAAUGUCCGUUCUACUCUCAUUCUAUUUCUAUAGUCAUAGAAUUAACACAAGCCAAGGCUUCUCUGUCGUGGAUUUCAAGUAUGUUAGGAAGUACACGUACCUCGUUGUUGGGAAAGUUCGUUCCAAACUAAACUGCUACAGAUAUAAACAAUGUGGAAUUGUAGUAAAACUUCAAUCUAGAUGACUGCAGAACACAGGUCUUGAUUUGAAUCUUGUAUCCAAGUGUCUACUUUUUGGAAAUUAAAUUAUGCUGUGUA